CAGUUCAUGAGGUCAGAGGUCUUCGUCGUAAGGAAAGUGCUCCUAAUGAUUCUUAUGUGAAGAUUUACUUGCUGCCUGAUCCUCUGAAGCAAACAAAAGAGAAAACAAGGAGAGUGAAGGAGAGGGACCCUGUCUUUAAUGAAAAGUUUACAUUCAUAUUAAAGGAUCAUGAUGAUCUUGAUAAGAGGCUCCACAUAUCAGUAUGGAACAGAGACAGGACAUCAAGGAAUGAAAUGAUUGGAUGUAUGUCUUUCUUAGUCGGUGACUUAAUUGGCCCAAAUAAACAAGUCAAUGGUUGGUAUCAGUUGUUGGAUGAAGGUAGAGGUUUUGCUGAGAAUGUUCCAGUUCCUCAUAGUCUAGUCUCAAUGGGCUCUCAGUCCAGUCUCUCCAGUACAGUAUCAGCUCCUCCUUCAGUCACCAAAUGCUAUGCUGUCAUGUUGAUACGAGGUCCUAAAGGUUAUGGUUUCAAAGUGACUCCAAGCACACCUGUGUACAUCAAUGAAGUAACACAAGGUAUGCCAGCUCACGAGUCUGAGCUCCAGGUAGGUGAUCUGAUAGUGGAGAUUGAUGGUACUGAUGUGACCAAAUCCAAUGGGGACAUGGUAGCUAACAUGAUAAAGAAGAAGCGUGAAUCAAUACAUCUAUUGCUCCAGCGUACCACAUGCUCAAUGUCCCCCACUCAACAGCUUCACUUCAGCCUCCCUCUCUCCUCCUCUCAGCCUUAUCUCGCUCACACUUACACCGAAGCACUCCAGUCUCCUUCUACCUCCUCUAAUGAUGGAUCUAAUGGUCACCGCUCACUCAUGUAUGUCCCAAGGCCGAUAUUCUCAUCGCAGAAAGUACUAGUCCCGACUCUUGGGUUUCAAGAGAAGAGACGGUCAUCAACUGGAGGACUAACGCAGCCGAUCGAAACCAUGUAUUACGAUUCGGAGCAAGUUCAUCCACACCCACCGCAGUGGGGCCGGGCCUCCUCGCGGGAUAAAGUAACGCUUUCUCGGGACUGGUUACUACCUGAAGUACCCGAGGAAACCUCUCAAUCCUCAGUUGGGGGGGUAGGGGGAGGAGGGGGAGGGGAGGGAGGGAGAGAGGGAGAGAGGGUUCCAGCUCAGGUUUUGUCUACAAGACGUUUGAGUCAGCAAGAUGACCAAAACGGGGGGCUACUACACUCUCGUCACUCUCUCUCUCAGCCUAGCUUUGAGACUCGCUCGCUCUCGCCCAUUAAACUUUAUAAAGGAGACCCUAAUGGGACAGGAGGGGCCGGAGGUGGUGGGCGUAAAUUCUCUAAUAACAGCUCCCUGGGGUCUCCCUCAGAGGAAGAGUUAGAAGGUGGACUGUACGGCCUAGCAAUGCAAUCCUACGCUUCUUCUAGACUCAUCCCAGGCUCCGUUCCUCCGCCUAGCGGGCUUCGGAGCGCAAAGUUCUCAAGUACAUCCGUGACGUCAAACGAUUCGGCUUAUAUCACAGAGACUGACAUAUUGUCCCAUCACUCCAGUUGUGAUAUUAGGGAUAAGAGCCUAGCAAUGGACACGGCCCAGCAGCACAUCUACCCGGCCUCCACAGGCCCUGGAGGAGCUGCUACCAAUGGAAUGGGUAGCAGUGGGUCUUACAGUGACAUAGCUGUGGAGUGGGAUUGUUUAAGUAAACUUGAGCAGAAGCGGCAGAGAGCCAUCAAUAGUUUGAUCAAAUGUGAGAAAGAGUUUUGUGAUGAACUAAUGAAAGGAAUCAAGCUUUACUUGACUCCACUCUCCUCUGGAGUUCUCUCAGAGAACAGUCACAGAACAAUCUUCAUGAACAUAGAGCGGAUGUGUGAUCUUUCCAAGUAUUUUCUAAGUAAUAUCUCAGCGAGGUGUGUGCAGUGGUCUGGAGCCAUGCCAUCUGUUCCUUUUUAUGUUGAGAAUUUUGCUGAUAUUUAUUGUGGAAAGUUGGAUUUGUUCAAGCAAAUAUUCAGUGGCUACUUAAGAAAUUCUGAAAACUCAAGAAAAGAAAUAGCAGUUGCUUUCACAAUACCGGAAUUCAAAAGAAUCGUUCAGGAUCCGGUGAUAGGAGACUCUCUACCUUCAAUUUAUUCAUUCGUAGAAGCUGGAACUGAAUAUCUACCAAAGAUGAGUAGACUGCUGGUCAACAUAAGCUAUGUGACUCCAUUACACUCUGAGGAUCAUCAGUAUUUAGUCCACAUCAUAUCAUCUUUAUUGAAUAUACUCCCUCCAAGUUGCAGUGACUUGUGCCAGAACUGGAUGAGUGAGAUAAGGACGAUGGAGAAACUCAAGUCAACAAUAAGUUUUGGGAAUGAAAUAGAAUCUUUUGAUCUUCUUUCUCCGCCCGGGCGUGUAUUACUCCACGAAGACGAGAUCCAAAUUUUUUGGAAGAAAAAGAAGAAGAAAGCAUUUCUACUUCUUUUCUCCGACUUACUCCUGGUCACUAAGAAAAGUGGACGGGGUCUGUCUGUAUUGGAACCUCCUCUUGCAUUGCAAGAUCUGACAGUCAAUGAUAUCAACUGUGGACAAGAGGAGUUUCAAGUUGUUUCAUCGGAUGGUUCUUACUCCAGGCUCCUAAGGGCCAGUUCCCUCCAAACUAAGAACCAGUGGAUGCAGAAGCUGAGGGAGAGGGUUGGGGGAAGUAUACGAGUCAAUUCAAAGCCGACAGGAAACCCAAAGGCCAAGGACACGAUAAGACAAAGGGAACUAAAGAAUGAGCUAUUUAACGAGAGGAGGAGCCCUUUUAGGGUGCUACCCUCUUCAAGACAAUCUGAGGACUCACCUAUAAGAACACUCAACUCAAAUAUGUCUGUGACAACAGGACGGCCUGUUCAGUCUCCGCUAGCCGGGAGUCUUUUCGAUGUCCUCCCGUCGAAAUUUGUCGCUAAAACCGAAAAGAAAGAGGUACCAAGUACCCAAGAGAGGACUACAAAACCUGUCAAGCUGGGACGGAAAGAGAGUAUGUCGCCAAAGGGAAGGAGAUCGAGGUUUGCUUUUGGGCGGAGAUGGUCUACUGACUCAUACAAUUUAUCUCAAGAAGUGACCAGUGACAGAGAGAGAGCUGUUGAGAAGAAGAAGAUGAGGAGGAGGGGGGAAUCACUAAGUCAGCCGGUAGCAAUAGACAGCAUAUCUUUUAUUGGGUAAGUACAUGUACAUUAUAUAUGUACAUGAUUCGUGUACAUGUACAUGCAUAAUGGAUAAUGUCGAAAUAUUUUAUUUUGAUUUGAUAAUGCUAUACAAUUUGGUGUAGCAUACUUUGGAGGAAUUACUGUCAUUUUUGAAAAUUGGGGUCAAUCCUAUAGUUAAAAUAUGACAUUAUGACAUCCCUGGAAAUAAGGAUGGGUACAGAGGUCAUAAUAUGUACAUGUACAUGGACAUGGACACAAUCAUGUACAGCUGUAUAAUCAGUAUGUACUGUAUUAGUAUUGAGUGCAUGUUAUGUACAUUGUAUGCUGUAUUAUAGUCCUAUGCUUA